AUGUCUCCCAUCCCGGAUCGGGUACAUGCUUCGACGUCCCUCAUUCCUUUCCUUGACGGCGACUGUAGAGAGCUUUCUCUCUCCAUCCCAAAGCACAUCACAUCUUGACAAUAGGAAUGUCCUAUCCAAAAUCGACAGGUGCAGGUCGGAAAUUCUCCAUUAUACAAGGUAGAGAGAAUGUUGGGUGCAGGAGGUUUUGGGCUGGUCUACAUUGGACGAAGGGUGGCUGGUGGAUCUCAGGGCGAUGGGCCCAAUGCCUUUAAGGUUUAGUUUCAACCUCCCAUCACUCCUGCCAAGGGAAUCUUUAAAUACUGCUGUUUUAUGUUGUCUCUUUCAUUUUCCUGCGGUGGGUGUAGGUAGCACUGAAGUUUGAGCAUAGAAAUAGCACGGGUUGCAGAUUUGGCCCCCCAUAUGAAUGGCAAGUUUAUGAGUAAGAAGACACCCCCUACUGCUCUAAUUUAUUACGUAUUGUGUCGAUCUAAAACUACGUUCUUCAUCUGACUUUGUGAAUAUGGUUUUAGCCAUCUCAAGGGAUGCUAUGGAUUGCCUAGGGUGCACUACAAGGGCCGCCAAGGAGAUUAUUUCAUCAUGGUUGGCGUAGAGUCUUUCAUUUUAUUGUUUCCUCGAAUGAUGUUUUUUAUUGAAAGCUAAUUAUGAUAUUGUUGAUGAUGAUUGCUGCAGAUCAUGGACAUCCUUGGACCAAGUCUCCUGGAUGUGUUCAUAUCCAUUGGGCAAGUGUAAGAAAAUAAUCUUGACUUCAUAUUCAAAGUCAAUAUUCUGUUGAGAAUUGUGCUAUUGAGUUUGACUAACUCCUUGGACAGAAUGCCACCAAAUAUGGUGGCUUGUAUUGCUGUGGAGGCAAUAUCCAUCCUUGAGAAGCUACACCAAAAAGGGUACGUAUGGCUUUGUGGCAGUGUGAUAUUUUUUCAAUUAAAUUUUUGCAAAGGUCACAGUAAUCAAUUCAUUGCUCCCUUGUGCACUCCCCUCCCUCCCUCCACCCACACAAAAAAAAAAACAUGCCAGGUUUGUGCAUGGAGACGUCAAGCCAGAGAAUUUAUUGUUGGGUAAACCCGGAAGCUCAGGGGAGAAGAAGCUUUUUCUCAUCGACUUUGGGCUGGGUAUGUUGCUGCAUUCCAAUCACUUCUUGUUUUCACCUUUCGCACCUAUUGAUUUUAGAGUAGGGUUUGUUUUUCCAAGUAUAUAAACAAAUUCGUCUUGACUGAGAAGUCCCUGUCUGUAUCAACAUCAGUGAUAUUUUUGUGCUUUGUUCAGAGCCUGUACAAAUGCUAAUUGGUGUCAUUAAUAUUUUAAUCAGCUUCAAUGUGGAGGGACAGUUUGUCAGGCCAGCAUGUCAGCUUAUGCCAACAGCCAGAUAAUUUCAGGUUUUUUGGGAAACGAUAUUCUAUUUUUUCCCUAAAUUCUUAGCUAAGAGGAGGAUUCAUAAAAUCUUACCCCUACCUUACUAUCUAUCUCAUGUUCCCUAGGGGCACAACACGAUAUGCAAGCGUCCAUGCACAUUUAGGCCUCACAGCGAGUAGAAGAGAUGAUCUUGAGUCAUUGGCCUACACUCUGAUUUUUUUGAUUAAAGGAAGGCUGCCGUGGGAAGGCUAUCAGGUUUGCUUUCACCUCUACUUGUACAUGUUCUCCCAUCUCUUUGAUUGAUCACUUGCUGAUUCUUAUGCCAACUAUGUAGGGGAAUGACAAGAGGUUUCUAGUCUUCAUGAACAAGACUGUAACCUCCCCCGAGACGCUGUGUGGUGGCUGUCCCCCUCCUUUUGCACAAUUCCUUGAAGCAGUGAAGAAGAUACAAUUUGUUGAGCAGCCCACCUACUCGAAGCUCAUUUCUCUUUUUGGAAGCUUGAUAUGCCCCCCCUGCACCCUGUUAAAGACCAUUCGGAUUGAUGCAAUUUUGAAGGUGGUUGCAAACAUGACAUCACUGAAAUUACCUCACAUAUUUUUAUUUUAUGUCAGAUGGUUUUAUCUCUUUUUCAUGGCUCUAUCAUCUGUUGUUAAAUAGGCUGACCAUGUUUCCAACAGGUUCACCAAAAACGUGGAAGAUUGCAGGUAAAUAAUGAAGAAGAUGAGUGUCAUAGAAAGAAACGGAUAAAAUGUUUGAUUGAUGACAGACCAUGACCAUGUACAUGUAAGAAUAUAAAUAAAAUCUGUAAAGUGCCAAUUGAGAAAACAUAAAUCUCAUGACUAAAUUAUUUAUUAUUAUUGUUAUUAUUUAUUCAUAAAGAAAACGAUAGUUUAAAAGCCUCAUAUUAAGGGCAUGAAUAUAAUACUUUUUUAAUGUAAUCAUAGCUAUUGAUAAAGGUGUGUAAUUAAUAUUUAUGCAAAAACAGAAACUAUAUCAAUCAAUGAUAAUAAUACAAGACAAUCAUUUAGAGGGCGUGAGUAUAAGUAGAUAUUUAUAUCAUAGUUACUCUUGCUAGGAAUAUGUAUCAUUUAUUGCCAACAUUUAAACUUUAGAAAUGUUUUGUACCUACUAUCUAUUCACCUUGGAAAUGGCACCACUUUGGACGUAACCUAUUGAGUACAGGAAUAUAAUAUGUUUAAGUACGUUCACACUUACAAAUUAUCAGAAAUAAUUAUUAGACCGAUAAAUGUAAAUUUUAUGCAUAAAUAAUGAAUAUUACUUUUUUAUAAGAAAGCUGGCACAUAAAAAUACAGUAUUAAAGGGAAGAAAUCUAAUAUUAUUUCAUACAAUCAUAAUGAUUAGUUGCAAUGAAUAAUUACUAUAGUUUACCAAAAUGAAAAUUUUAUCAGUAAAUAAAUGAACACUACAAGUAUUGGAUUAAAUGGCACGAAUUUGAUAGUUUAGGUUAUAUUUAUAAUUACUAAUCACUAUGAUUAAAUAUUAUUUAUUAGAAUAUGUAAAGUUAUGAAGAAAUAAGAAUUAUGUAUUGGAAGCUUAUGUGUCCACCAAAGGACACACAUCCACCCCAUAAUGUGUUUAGAACCACAUGUAGUCCAAAACUAAAAGUAAUGUAAUGUCGUAAUUGGUUCCCAUCAUAGUAUAAGUAUGAUUUCUUUAGUGAUGAUCUAAAAAUUAAGAAGCAUCUAGAUUCAUAGAAGAUUGGGUAGAUAAAGAGGAGUUUGAAAUAAAAGUCACAUAGCUAUGCUUUGUAAUGUUUUCAAUUUGAAAAGCAUAUCUUGACAAAGUUAAAUCUUAUAUGAUUCACAUGGGUGAAUGUCAUCGUAUAUACUUUUUAUACAUUGCACCCUCUAGAUGUUUUCCUAAACUUGAAGCAAAAUGUACCCAUCGUCAAAUCUUGAUUCAUUCCAUUGAUGAGUGGAAAAUAAAUUUCUUGUCUAAAGUAGGACUUUUAGUAUAAGUAGGAAAGUUAAUGUAUUAACAAGUGUGCCGACCAUCACAUUUAUGAGGAUGAUGAAUUAAUCAUGGAAACUAUUUAUUGAAAAAAAUUAUUAUCUAUUUUGACUGUAGUCUAAUGUAAAAUUGUAAUUAAGAGUUACAUAAUUCUAUAUGCGACCCCUAUUAAAUGUUUUUGAGCCAAAUCUAUAUUGUAUAUAAAUUUGUAUAUAGUUUUACACAUAUAAAAUGAGAUUUUUGCCUUUUUAAGAAUACAUGUACAAUAUUUUCAAGUAAAUUGAUAAUAUUUUCAAGUACAAUAUUUUUACCUUUAUUAUUUUUUAAUAUAAUGUCUUUUUUUGUCAUAAUAGGAAACCACUGAUAAGUUUUCAUUAUCAUGACUUAUUAAUUAGUAAAUAAUAUAUUUUUAACCUUAACUCAUGAUAAAUAGACUUAUAUUUCUAUUAAAUUAUGAAAAAUAGUUUUCAAUUGAUUAAUGUGAUUUUUUUAGCUAAUUAGAUAAGUUUUUUAUGUAUUUAUAUGAUUUUUAUAAUCCUAUUUUUUGAGAUAAAUCAAGAAAAAGAAAUUAAAAUAAAAAUAUAGCAAAAAGAGGGGACCUAUCAGCCAACUAGGCCUGCAAGUAGAUCAGAAGGGUAGUCAGGGGGAGCCGUGAGCAAGGGCUUGGGUGACUAGGACCAAUGGAGCCAUGUGUGCGCCACUCCCUUUCCACGUCACCGGUGGCCAGCCAAGACUGAGGCAAAGAGUGGUUGUACAUGUGAGAGAAAUAUACUCAUUACUUGUUGACGUGACUCAAUCAUUGUAUAUUAAAUCACGCAAAUCUAAAAUUUAUAAAACUAGAAAAUAUGAACUUUUAGAUAUUUAGAAGUAUUUCUAAAUAAAUAUAUCAAUUAUAAUUCAAUAAAACUUUCAUAAAUAGCAAUAAUUUUACAGGUCAGGCACAGAGAUAUAAUAUAAUAUCUGGUAUGUAUUCAUAAUUUUUCUCAAUGAAUAUGAUUUUCUAUAAAUUUUAUACUAAGAAAUAAAAAGAAAAUAUAUUUAAAAUUCACAAAAAAGGAAAUAAGGGUGCGGAUGUCAAGAUGACAUCAGCGCCCUGCGAAUGCGAAUCGGGCAGAAAUAGAAUUCCGCCCAAAAAUUCUUAUGUAAGUGAUUAUAGAUGAUUUAAUUAAUCAAAUUAAGAUCUGUAAAAGCCAAAAGAAUCAUAAUAGAAUGAAGUAUAUUUUGGUAAAUUAAAAUAGCAAAAAUUAUCACUAAUUUUUAAUGAAGCGUAAAGUAAGUUGAAAGUAAGAAAACAAAGUUCCGACGUCACGACAACGAUGCAUCGACGAUACACUGGAAUCUUGAGCAUUGGGGAGGAUCGUCGUGUAAUGUCCACACCCUCGAAAGCUCUCCUUGGACAAAGACAAUGUGGGCAAUCUCUAAAUCUCCUUGUGAAGUCUAGAGAUCAAUGAAGUAGGUUGUCGAAUCGUCUCCGACAGGUGUCACCCGGUGAAGUAGAAAAAUAACAACUUUGUGGCUCUCUAGUGACUAUCACUCGACAGAGAGGAGCUAGAUGGAGGUGGGGCACAUGUUAGGGAGCUUCAUCCUCAGGUCUGCAUAGCAAGAGGAGGCUUUUCAUCGCAUCUGGUAUGCUCUCAAGAAGUGGCCACUCGUCUCCCAACAGAUCGUCCUCUUCCCAACGACGGCUUGUUCGUCAAUCAAUCAGAGAUACUUUACUUGAUAGAUUUGCAAUCUUUUUAUCGUGAAUCGUUCAAUAGUUUUGGUAACAAUACUCCGCAAAUGUUGAUGAGAUUUUCACUAAUGAUCUAGCGAUUCUGGUUGCUGAAUCCUUCACCAGCGAUCUACAAGAAAGUCGUGAUAAUCAGAUUAAAAAAAUACGAGUUUUGGCUCUAGGAGGAUUCGAACCCGCGCUGGUUGCCCGCCCCCCUUCUGAGGAAGGUGUGACACGGGUUUAGUCCCACAUCGAUUGUGCACUGAAUUUUCGGGCGAAUAUAUAGUAAUGUUAGAUUUCUAAGCAAAGUCUCUUCUCUCACAUGUACGACCACUCCUUACCCCAUAGCCGAUUGGCCACCGGUGAUGUGGAAGGGGAGUGGCACACACGUGCCCCUAUCUAUCCAAGCCGCUCAAGCCCUUGCUUGCGACUACUCCCUGACUAUGCUUCCGACCCGCUUGCAGGCCCAGUUGGCUGGUAGAUCCCCCUCAUUUUGUCUUAUUUUUAUUUAUUUAUUUAUUUUUCAUCAUUUAUCUCAAAAGUAAGAUUGUAAAAAUCAUAUAAUUUCAUGUAAAAUCACAUAAUUACCUAAAAAUUCACAUUAAUUAACUGAAAACCACUUUUCAUAAUUUAACGCAAAUAUAAGUCUAUUUAUUAUGAGUUAAGGUUAAAACUAUAUUAUUUACUAAUUAUUAACUCAUGAUAGUGAAGACUUAUCACUUGUAAAUGUGAUAUUACUAUAUAUUCGCCUAAAACUUUGGCACACAAGCAAUGUGGGACUAAACCCACAUCACACCUUCCCUUGAAAGACUUUGAAGGUUUUAAGACCUAAAUUACUCCUUAGUUAUAAUAGAGAUAUACUAUGACGAUGUCACUUGAUAAGGGUAUUAGAGUAUUUAUUUUAAUCUCUCUCAUGUAGGCGGGCAAUCAGCACGGGUUCGAAUCUUCCUAAAGCCCAAUGAAAGAUUAUCUCGACUUUCUUAUAGAUCACUAGUGAAGGAUUAAGCCACUAAAAUUAUUAGAUCAUUGGUAAAAAAAAUUCAACGCAAUUCGCAAAGCAUUGUUACUAAAAUUGCUAAAAAACAAUUCACGAUAAAAGGAUCAUGAAUCCAUCGAGUAAAUCAUCUUUGAUUGAUCGAUGAACAAGUUGUCAUCGAGAAGAGGACAAUCUAUCAAGAGACGAGUUGCCACCUCCUGUGAGCAUACUAGAUGCGAUGAAGUGCCUCCUCUUGCUGCAUAGACAUGAGGAGGAAGCUCUUUAACACACGCCCCACCUCCAUCUAACUCUUCUACGUCGGGUGACAACUGCUAGAGAGUCACAAAGUCAUCAUUUUUUCAUUUCACUGAGUGACAGCUGUCGGAGAUAAUUUGACGACCUAUUUUAUUGAUCUUUAUAUUUCACAAGGAUAUCUAGAGAUUGCCCACGUCGUCCUUGUCAAAAAAGAGCCUUUGAGGCCGUAGACACUGCACAACAAUCUUCUUGACUGCUCAAACUUCUCGUACAUCAUCGACACAUUGUUGCCGUGAUGUUAGAACUUUAUUUUUCUACUUUCAACUUAAUUUCUAAUUCAUUUAGUGACAAUUUGUGUGAUUUAAAUUUACUAAACUAUAUUUGAUUCAAUUACGAUUCUUCCACCUUUUACAGAUCUUAAUUUGAUCAAUUAGAUCGUCUGUAAUUGCUUACACAAAAUUUGCUAGACAAAACUCUAUUUCUAUUUGAUUCACAUUCGUCAGGCGCUGACAUCAUCCUAACAUCCAUACCCUUAUUUUCUUUUUUCACAAAUUUAAGUAUAUUUUAUUUUCAUUUCUCAUAAAAAAAUUAUAUUCUUUGAGAAAAAUAUUAAAAAGUUACCCAAUAUUAUAUUACAUCUCUAUGAUCGACUUGGAAAAUUACCACUAAUUUUGUAAAUUUGAUUGAAUUAUAAUUGAUAUAUUUGUUUAGAAAUACUUCUAAAUAUCUAAAAAUUAAUAUUUUCUAGUUUUAUAAUUUUUAAAUUUACGUGAUUUUUAUUUUUUAUUUUUUAUUUUUUAAAAUUUACGUGAUUUACAAUACAACAACUAAGUCAUGUCAAAAGGUUUGUCAACUUCCUAUGGAGAUCGAACAUAGCCUAUUAGGUUAUAAAGAAUCUUAAUCUCUCUUUAGACGCCAUAGGUAAGCACCAUAUGUUGCAGUUGCAAGAGCUUCAAGAACUACCCAAUGAGAUGUACGAGAAUUCUGUGAUUUACAAAGCAAAAAUGAUGGCUUUUUAUCACAAGAAGGUUAGCAAAAAGAGUUUUCAUGAGCAUCAAAAAGUUUGGCUUUACAAUUCUAGAUUGA